GAUGUGGUCCAUGAUCAAGGACAUUGAUCACACGAAGUCAACCUGGGCAUUGAAGGUUCGGAUCGUUAGGGCUUAUGAGGUGCCUCGUCACUCAAAGGAAGGGGAAACCCUUGAGAUGGUGUUGCAUGAUGCCGAGGGUGAUCAGAUUCAUGCAAUCAUCAAGAGACCACAAAUAGCUAUGUACAAGACUAUGAUAAAGGAGCACCAAAUCUAUGCUAUAAGAAACUUCUUAGUUCUAGACAAUUACCAGACGGUAAAAACCACAAACCAUCCCUACUUGAUCCAAUUCGUCUCUAAAACUCAAUUCAGGGAAGACACGAAGACUGAUCUGCCUAUGUUGGUGUACGAUUUCCAACCCUUUGAUAUGUUGCACGCCCAAAGGGUUAUCAACGACAAAACUCUCAUUGGAUUGUUUCCA